AAGUUUCCAGGGAAAAAGAUUUAGCUGAAAAUGCCAAACAUGAAGCUGUUGCACACAUUGAAAAACUGUCUUAUUUACACUCGGAGGAAAAGGAGAGACAAAUGUCUGAAAUUACGGUUUUAAAAUUUGGUGUGGACAACAUGAAAAAUGACCUUUCUGCAAUUGACAAAGAACUGGGGGAUGCUCUUUCCAAAGAUUUGGAAAUGUCUCCUGAUCUGGGUGCUCUAUUUCCUGGCAGCUUACCUGGGGUCACAUUGUCUACAAAAUCAGAGAACAAGGUUUUUAUGACCCAAAUUGAUUCUAUCUGGGAGCGAAUUCACGAGCAUUCACGUUUAUUACAAGAAGAAUCGUCUCGCUUAUCUGAAGUAGUCAUGAAUGUUCAUAGAGAGUAUACUUCUGAGAAGGAGUUCUAUGAAUCUGUGAAGAGAGAUGCUGAGCAUUUUCAGUCAAUUGACAAAGAGAAGGAGUCAAAAUUGCAUAUCUUGCAUGGAAACAUUUCAUUGUUGUUUGAAAGCUGUGCUAGUGCAAUUUCAAGACUCGGAAACUGGAAGGAACAUAUGGUUGAAAAUGCCUUGGCAUCUAGAUCUCCACAGAGGAACUUAAAUUCUCAAAAUCAAAUUGGAGGAAAUAUUUCUGUUGGCGAUGCAAGCAUCUUCAAUGUGGAAAGCAUUAGGAGCAUGUGCGACAAACUAUCACUGGUUGUGGGGGAUUCCAUAAGCAUGCAUACUAAUGAGUUGGGCAGAGUGAUGGAAGUUGGGCAGAGUGAGAUGAAGAGUACCAUAAUGAAUUUACAGAAUGAACUUCAAGAGAAGGAUAUCCAGAAAGAGAAAAUUUGCAAGGAACUUGUAGGUCAGAUAAAGGAAGCUGAAACUAAUGCAAAGAAUUAUUUACUUGAUCUUCAGCAAGCAAGGGUAAAGCUAGAUGCUUCACAGAGACAAUUGGAUGUACUGGGUGAGGAGCGCAAGUUGUUGGAACAGAGAGUGAAAGAACUCCAAGUUAAUGAAACUAAUGCCUUAGAUUUGCAGCAGAAAGUCAACUCACUGACAGAUGCACUAGCUGCAAAAGUACAAGAAUGUGAGGGGCUGAUGCAAGCCCUUGAUGAAGAGGAGACGGAAAUGGAAAACCUUGCAAACAAGAUUGUGGGGUUUGAAAAUGAGUUGCAUCAAAAGAACAAAGACUUGGAGAACCUUGAAGCGUCUCGUGCUAAAGCUUUAAAGAAGCUUUCUGUCACCGUGAGCAAGUUUGAUGAACUUCAUUAUCUCUCUGAAAAUCUCCUAUCUGAGGUUGAGAAACUCCAAUCCCAGCUGCAAGAGAAAGAUGGAGAGAUUUCUUUCCUUAGGCAAGAGGUUACUAGGUGCACUAAUGAUGCACUAGCUGUCACACAGAUGAGCAAGAAGAGUUCUGAUGAGAUUCGGGAGUUGCUUGCUUGGCUUGAUUCCUCGAUAUCUCAUGUACAGGUCAAUGAUGUAACUAUUGAUUAUUCGAAUCACCUGAUCGACGAAUAUAAAGAGGUAUUACAGAAGAAGAUUUUGGACUUGAUAUCUGAGUUGGAGAAUCUUCGUGCGACGACCCAGAACAGAGAUAUAAUGUUGCAAGAAGAGAGAAUUAAAGUGGAUGAAUUAACACAAAAAGAACAGCAUCUGAAGAACUCAUUGCGUGAAAUGGAAUCUCAACUAUUUGUGCUCCAAGGUGUUGGGGGUUUCUGA